GCAUUGAAGAAGAAGAAGAAGAAGGAGGAAGAAAACUAGUCAUACAUACAGUCAAUACUGAGGAGAAAAAAAAAAUUAAACAAAGAAAAGUUUGUCUUUUUUAUUAAUUUUUCUACUUUAUUCGAAGAACUUUGAUCUUAAUUUUCUGAUUUCAGAUCUAAAAUUAAAUAAAAAUUUGAGCUCAGUUUUCUAGUUCUGAAAUUCCUGGGAAGAAGAAAAAACAGAGUUUGAAGAUGAUGUGUGGUUUUAUACGUUAAAGUUUGAAGCUUUUUUAGUAGGGUUUAUGAUGAGAUCUUAAUUCAGGCGAUAGAGAUGGAAGGAGGAGAAAUAAAGAAGACCUAGAUUUUUGUGAAGGUUGCAGUGACUCAAGCUAAUAGGUUUUGUUGAAGAGUUAGGGAAAAAAAAUGGAAGAUGUGGGUGCACAAAUUGCUCAUCCCAUGUAUAUUCAUCAAUCACUUCCUGGUAGAUUUUGUGAAGCCCCAAACAUGGCAAGGAAGCGAGAUCUGCCAUGGCAAAAUCCUAUGUUUAUUCAACAACAGCAACAACAACAACAGUUUCAGCAGCAGCAGCAGAGAUUUCAGAAUUCCAAAGGUAAUUGGAACCCAAAUGGUUGGAAUUGGGAUCAUGUAACUUUUGUUGGCAAACCGUCAGAUGCAGAGGUUAUGCAAAUUAGACCAGCUGCUACACCUAUGGUUGUACAAGAACAGAAGAGUAAAGUGGAGGAAAACCGGAUUCCUGUGGCUAUGAAGAAGGAUUCUGUAGAUGAAGAGAAUUUAACAUUGAAGCUGGGUGGAAAUCUGUAUUCUACUGAAGAUAAUGCUUCAAGGCCUAAUAAGCGUGUCCGAUCUGGAUCUCCUGGAGGUGGUGGUGCUGCUGCUGCUGGUGGUAACUACCCUAUGUGUCAAGUAGAUGAUUGUAAGGGAGAUCUCUCAAAUGCUAAGGAUUAUCACCGGCGACAUAAAGUUUGUGAAGUUCACAGCAAGACCACCAAAGCUCUGGUGGGUAAGCAGAUGCAGAGAUUCUGCCAGCAGUGUAGCAGGUUUCACCCUCUUUCUGAGUUUGAUGAAGGAAAGAGAAGUUGUAGGCGUAGGCUUGCAGGGCACAACCGUAGAAGAAGGAAAACUCAACCAGAGGACGUCUCGUCACGUAUGGUAAUACCUGGAAACCAAGAUAACCCAAGCAAUGGAAACUUAGAUGUUGUCAAUCUUUUGACCGCCAUAGCUCGUCUUCAAGGAAAUAAUGUUGAAAAAUCUGUACCUGAUAAGGAUCGGUUGAUUCAGAUUCUUAGUAAAAUGGCUAUGCCACCUGUUCCCUCGAAUUCUGUUACCAGAAAUUCUUUACCUGGGAACUUCGAUUUGAAUGUUUCGCAAGAGGUUUCUUCAGAACACCAAAACAAAAUGACCGGAGGCAGAAACACUCCUGUUCCAUCAACUAUGGAUAUGCUUACAGUUCUUUCAACAUUGGCUGCAUCUUCUCCAGAUGCACUUGCUUUUCUAUCUCAAAGAAGCAGCAUCAGCAGUGAAAACGAUAAGACCAAGGUUAACUGUUUAGAGAAGGCAGCUGAUCAGAACUUACCAAGGCAACCAGUCCCAGGGUUUUCAUCUGCAGGGGGAGAGAGAAGUAGUACUAGUUACCAGUCCCCAGUAGAAGUUUCUGAUGGCCAUGCUCAGGGGACUCAACCGAGUUUGCAGCUGCAACUAUUUAGUUCCUCGCCGGAGAACGAUAGCCCUCCGAAGAUGGGAUCUGCUUAUAAGUAUUUCUCUUCGGACAGUAGUAAUCCAAUGGAGUCUCCUUCAUCAUCACCACCUGUUGUGCAAAAAUUCUUCCCUAUGCAAACGACUUCUGAAAUUAUGAAGCACGAGAGGAUGUCAAUUAGUGGUGAGGAUAAUGGGGCGGUUGAAGCUAGCACCACUCGUGGUUGGUCCUCUCCCUUGGAACUCUUUAAAGGGCCAAAAGGACGAGUUGAGAAUCGCUCGGUUCAAAAUGUACCAUACCAAGGAGGGUAUGCUUCAUCUUCGGGAUCAGAUCACUCUCCUUCUAGCUCAAAUUCUGAUGCACAGAAUCGAACAGGGCGUAUCAUAUUCAAACUCUUCGAUAAAGAUCCUAGUAGUUUCCCUGGGACCCUAAGAAAUCAAAUCUUAGAAUGGCUUUCUCACAGUCCAUCUGAAAUGGAGAGCUACAUUAGGCCUGGCUGUGUCAUUCUCUCAAUUUAUGUGUCAAUGCCUUGUACUGCCUGGGAUCAACUCCAAGAAGAUCUCCUCCAGCGUGUAAAUUUUCUUGUUCGCGAUUUGGAUCCAGGAUUUUGGAGUAAUGGAAGGUUUUUAGUUCAUACAGACAGGCAAUUAGCAUCACAUAAAGAUGGGAAGAUCCGCUUGUGCAAGUCAUGGAGAACAUGGAGCGCUCCAGAGAUAAUGUCUGUGUCACCUCUGGCAGUUGUAUGUGGGCAAGAAACAUCUCUUAUGCUAAGAGGUCGAAAUCUGUCUGUGCCAGGGACCAAAAUUCAUUGCACUUAUAAGGGAGGAUACUUGUCGAAAGAAGUUUUAGGAUCAGAAGGCACUGUAUAUGAUGACACAAGCUCAGAAAGUUUUGAUUUUCCAAGUGGUUUUCCCACAGUCCUUGGUCGCUGUUUCAUAGAGGUAGAGAAUGGUUUCAAGGGAAACAGCUUUCCUGUUAUAAUUGCUGAUGCUGCUAUCUGCCACGAAUUGAGACUCCUAGAAUUUGAGUUUAAGGAAGAUGGUAGAGUAGGUGAUAAUGCUUCAGAAGAUCAGAUGCAGGAUUCGGAAUGUCCAAGAUCUAGGGAGGAUUGCCUAUAUUUUCUGAAUGAACUUGGAUGGCUUUUCCAAAGAAUGAACUCUACUUACAGUGACUGUCCCAGUUUCUCUCAUACAAGGUUCAAAUUUCUUAUUACAUUCUCGAUUGAAAGGGACUGGUGUACUUUGAUUAAAACACUGUUAGACAUACUCGUGGAGAGAAACCCUGGUAAGGAUGGAUUAUCAAAGGACUCGUUGGAAAUGCUUUCAGAGGUCCACCUCUUGAAUCGGGCGGUGAAGAGGAAGUGCAGGAAAAUGGUCGAUCUUCUCAUUCAUUAUUUUGUAAGCAGCUCUACUGAUUCCUCCAAGAAGUACCUCUUCCCACCCAAUCAAACUGGCCCUGGUGGCAUUACUCCUUUACACUUGGCUGCUUGCACACUAGAUUCAAAGGAAAUGGUAGAUGCCUUGACAAAUGACCCUCAGGAGAUUGGGUUGAACUGCUGGAAUUCGCUGUUGGAUACAAAUGGGCAGUCUCCAUUUGACUAUGCCUCGGCUAGGAAUAAUCACUAUUACAACAGGCUGGUGUCUCGGAAGCUCAUCGAUAGAAAACGUGGUCAGGUCUCUAUAUCAGUCAUGGAGGAGGACACCUCCUUAGAUAACUCAUGGAUAGUUGCAGAGGAAUCUGUGAAGGCAACUCCCCAUCCAACGGAAACUAAACCAUGCGGUAAAUGCUCAAUUGCGGCAACGAGAUAUUACAAGCGUAUGCCAGGUUAUCAAGGGUUACUUCACCGCCCUUACGUGCAUUCAAUGCUUGCAAUUGCUGCUGUAUGUGUUUGUGUGUGUCUAUUCCUUCGUGGCUCACCUGAUAUUGGCUCUGUAGCUCCCUUCAAGUGGGAGAAUCUUCAUUUCGGGACAAGUUAAGUAGUAUUGAGAAGUACAAGCGAAGGAAUUACUAAUUGAAGGAACAAAUACACCAGCUUUGAGAAACCAACUGGCUUAAAAUUGUGGAGAUUGGCAUCUACCAAGUUGGAUCACUGUAAUUGCUUAUUAGAGAGAGCCAUAGAAUAUGCCGUGAUCUCUUUUAAGGAAAGAAACAGAGCAAACGAGGGAAGUAGCCAAGGAAAAGAAUCCAAGGCAACUGAUAAUUCAAGGAUGGGGCUAUGCGCGGGGAAGAAGCUUGCUUUAACAAAGCUCAAUGCUGCAGAGAUGGUUCAAGUAAGUUGGUUAAUGCAGUUACUAUCUUGAUUUAUCAGUUGGGUUCCUUUUUACGUCUCCCUUAUCGCCUCUAUACCUUCGAGCUAACCAUGGGUUCUUUUUUUCACUCUCUGUAAAAUGAAGGGAUCGGUAAGUAAGAAGUGAUCCUGAACCUUUUAAUCUUAUAGAUAAUUUUAAGAGAUAAAGAGAUAAAUAGUUGGUGGUGGAUAGAUAAGGAAGAGAAAGGAGGAGGGAUUGGGUUGAGGGUCCUGUAUCAUCUUUUUAUUUAUAUUUUCCAAGUAAUAAUAAUAAGAAAUAUAUAUAUAGUGAUUAUUUAUUGUUCCGUGUACUUUAUGUUUCAUCUCCCAUGUGUUGUACCUAUUUUUGGUGUCAUUUCAUUUUUGAUGAGUAAUUGAAUGGAUAACUUCGAUUGUUGCUGUGGUGGA